AUGAAUUCAAGAAACAAUAAAGAAUCAGAAAGCUUCUCUCUUUAUGGAUACUUCAUCUACCAUGUUGCCAAAACAAAUUCCAACUGCAACAACCCGUUUCUUGGUAUUGACUGGAAAAGCUUCCACAUCUCAUCUCCAACUUUCCUAAAUGCCGAAACUGCCCCUGAUGUGUUCUCAGACAACUCUCUACGUGAUGAUUGGCUUACAUCUUCUUCCAAUAGUGAUGGAAAGGCGUUAUUGGAUAGAUCAUUGAAACUGGUUUCUGAAUCAUGUUAUCUACCGCACCCUGAGAAGGAGGAGGCAGGUAGUGAAGAUGCACAUUUCGUUUCUCCUAAUGAACAAGCGAUAUGGGAGGCAGAUGGGGUAGGUGGGUGGGCUGCUCUUGCUAGGGUUUUGGAGAAAGCUUACACAACAUUAAAGCUAAAAGAUCCUCAACUACUUGCAUUAUUGCACUCACAAAUCAGGGUCUUGAUGCUAUCAACUUUGGUGAUAGUGGUUAGAGAUGUAUGUUCUGUUUUCGAUCACCUGCACAACAAUAUGAUUUUAAUUUCACUUAUUUGUUGGAGAAUGGAAGUAAUAUUGAUUUUCCAAGCUCUGACACUUUGUAAACCUGUAGCUGAUCCCAAGAAGCUGCCAACAUGGAAUUAUGAUGGAUGGAGCACUUGUCAAGCUCCUGGCGAGGACAGCAAGGUGAACUCUAUCAGGUUACAACUAAGGCAGCACAUGAAGUGUAAUGGAAGUUACUAUGUCAACUAUUUUGAGGUAUGCAAGUGA